GAGGGAAGACACUGAUUUAAAUCUCUGGACAUUAACGUGACACACUGUGGCAAACGAUCGCCAGGACAAUAUUCGCUAUCUAAACAACACACAUCGCCUCAUCUUUUCCUCCUUUGUGUGUGUGGUCUGCUAAACCCAAGAUCCCGGCAGUGUAAGGCUUCAUGGUCCCCUGUCAGUGUGGAGGUGUGGGUGUGCAGACAUGGAGAGCUAUGAGGAGUUUGCCAUUCGAACCAUGGCCUUGCUACGGACGAAGGAGAAGUCAGAGGAGAUGGACUUGAAGACACAAUGUUCACUGAAAGACCUUUCCGCCAUACUAUUUUACGGGAAGCCGGUGCUUCCACCUCUGCUGACCGCAGAGCAGCGCAGAGUCAUGCGCGACCAUCGCGAGAGGGCGGCACAGGUGCACGCAGACAGACUGAACCAGCGGAAGAACUGCGUUCUCAACCGGGUCCAGAACAUCUUGGACCUGGCAGUCAAGCAGGUCGACGCCAACAAAGGGCCCAGUGUUACGCAGGAGGACCAGUUACCUCGCCCCGGCGGUCCCUCCCCUAAACACGAGACCGUCAACGGCUACACCCUGGUCACCGACUCCCCCGGGCUCCUCCGGGACUCUGGGUGCGCCGUCGAGGAACCGGUCCUCCCCGGUACCCCACGCUCAGAACCCCACCACGGUGCCGCCCAGGUAGACGGAGCCCAAGCCCCGCCACGAGACCGAGAGGAGGAGGAGGAGGAGGAGGAGGGGGAGGAGGAGGGGGAGGAGGGGGAGGAGGAGGGGGAGGAGGAGGAGGAGGAGGAGGAGGAGGAGGAGGAGGAGGAGGAGGACAUCAGCCUGGACAGCCUGCUGAAGCGCUCCAGGGAGUACGUGGAGAAGGAGCAGGGCCGGCGGGAGUCGUUGGUGGUCCUCCGCACCCCUCCCCCCCCCCCCGACCGCCUCUCCGACCGGGAGGGCCACGCCCGCAGCACCCCGGCGAGGGACUCGGGGGUGGAGUUCGGCUUCAGCCUGCGUCACAGCCCGGUCGGCCCCCCCAGGGGCCCGGUCGGGGCGCGCCGUCCCUCGCCGAGCCCCCCGGACCCCCACGCCUCCCUGCGGCCCCCCAGCAGCCCCGAGCUCAUCCUCGUCCACCCCGUCCACCGGCGCAAGCCCCGCCCCGUCUCCGCCGGCAACCUCCACCUCUGCUUCCCGACGGGCCAGGGCGACCUCAUCCCCCGGAGCCCCGGGGGCGCGGGCGAGGCGCGCGGCAUGGCGGCCUGGGACGAGGCCAGCCCGCCCGGGGGGGCGCGGGCCUUCGACCUCUGGGGUCCGCCCAGCGGCGGCGGCGGCGGUGGACGGGAGGCGUCGACGUGCGCCGCGGGCCGAGACUCCGCCCCCAGCCCGCUCGGACCCCCCCACGAGGGGUUCCGGCGCCGCAGCCACACCUUGGACAGCCAGCUGUACCCCCCGCCGCCGCCCGGCGUGGACCGCAGCCAGGAGAGGGCGCCCCGCUUCAUGGCCGGGGUGACGCGGCAGCCGCCCAGCCGGAGGGCCGGCGCGGCCGCCCCUCUGAACAAGUCGUACGACGUGGAGGCCCCCGCGCCGGGGCUGCACCGGCCCCACGUGUCCCCCGACGGCGGCCCCCCGGAGCCAGACGCCAGAGCCACCAAAACGGUGCACAUCAACGCCCCUGAUGGUACCACCGGGGGGUCACCAGAGGAGACCCAGUGGCGGGUGCACGCCCUGGAGGACAUGCAGAAGCGCUUGGAGGAGGAGCAUGUGCUGCACAUGUCUCUGCUGCUCGCCGAGCAGGAGAGAGAGCAGGAGCGCCUCCAGCAGGAGCUGGAGGAGAAGGAGAGGAGAUCGAUGGGGCCGGGCGGCGACCGGCCGCUGAGUGGAAGCGGUCUUCCGUCGCCGUCGCUCUCCAACCGCUCCUCUCCUUCCAGCCUGCCCCCGGCCUACCUCUGGGCGCCCCCGUGGGGGGCCGGCAAGCCCCGAUCCAGACUCAGUCAGGUCCUGACGGCAGAGCAGCAGAAGUGUGUGUGCCGUCUCGGGGCGGUCGCCCGCGGCUUCCUAACCCGCAGGCUGAUGGACACAGAGAAGGUCAAACACCUACGCCAGACCGUGGGGGACACCCAGGAGUUCAUCCGUUCGUUCCAGAGCGAGGGUCCCGCUAAGCGAGGCUCCGUGUCCCCCCAGGACAUCUCCCUGCAAGACCGAGUCAGAGCCCAGCUGCGCGCCGCCCUGUACGACCUCCACGACAUCUUCUUCGAGAUGCCCCUGCAGGACCGGCUGGCUCUGCUGCAGCAGGACAGGGAGCUGCGGGCUGAGAGGAAGCAGAGAGAGAUGGAGAAAGCCAAGAGCCCCAAAGACAGAGUGGCGUUGUCGGCUGCUACACAGAGGUCCCUGGACAGGAAGAGGAGGGUGGUUGGAUCUCCCGCUCAGGGCAGGAAAACAUCACAGAAGACGAAGGGCGCCUCGAACAACAGGUACUGUCUAGGACCAGCUGCUCUGCCUUCAUCCAACCGCCCGCUCCCUUCAUCAUCAUCGUCAUCUUCAUCCACAUUUUCGUCAUGUAAACAACGGGUCACAUCGCCCUCUCCUCAUUCAGCGUCCCGGAAGCAAAGCAAGGCCAGAAAGCCCCGGCCGUAGACAAGCUCAAACACCAGGGGAGCUGCUACCGGAAGACCCCAGAGGGGAGGACCACUCGCUCGGACGGCCUGAAGAAGCAGAACUCUGUGGGCUGAACACGCCGCUCAGAGGGCCUGGAAAACCAGACCUCGUUGGGCUGAACACGCCGCUCAGAGGGCCUGGAGAACCAGACCUCGUUGGGCUGAACACGCCGCUCAGAUGGCCCCCUUAACCUGCAAGAACACUAGAACACCUCUGUCUGUAUCUGUAAAAACCAAGCAGUGUCGUAUGUACAGUACGACCACCGCUACUUGGAUGACUGCUGCUAAACACACAAAGGUCUACUGCUCUCCUUCUCCACGUGUCUAUUACCUCGGUUUUUUUGUUUUUUGUAUGAUCUAAAAAAGCACUUUUUAUAACAUUGAAAUCACAAGACUAUAAUGUGCCCUUACUGUCAUGUCACAGACUGGAAGACUUGUCUGUGUGAGAUUUAUAACUACUAGAUAAAAAAGAAAUGUCAUACUUGCAGCUAAAGUAAAGAGUAACAAAGGUUAAGGUUUUCCAUUAGUGAGAAAGAGAAAUGUUUGUGCCUUCCCUCACACAUAUCUACUUAUCCUGCAUGCUUGCUGAAUGUAAUAUUUUCCGUGGCUGUCAUUUCAAAUGCAAUUUUCACUGAUGCUUUACUGACAUACUGUCAUUGGUAGUCGAGUGUUAAACUGAAUUAUAUUGGAAUUGAUGUGAUAAGGGUCAAGUUAGCUUGACCCCUUUUGUUCUUGGUGCCUAUUUAUUUAUACCAACCCUACUUUUCAUUGUUUUGUGUGUAUGUUGUUUGGAUAGGAUCAAUGCCAAAAGAAAAUAAAUCUGAAUGUAUUUAUACGGAGAGCUAAAUGUCUUAUGUGAAUGUCUAAAUAAUGACAAACACCCAACCAUCAUGUUGCUUUUAAAUACUGACAUGUUAGGGAGAGAUGAUAUUAAAGUGUAUAAAUAGCAAGGUA